GCUCCGCUCCGCAGCGCGGGCGCCGGCCGCUGCCGCCUGCCUGUGUCCGCGGAGCGGGGGAGGAAGCACCGGCGCGGAGCCAGGUUUCCACUCUGAGAUUGUCUUCUAGGGCCAACUUCCACCAAUGGAAAUAAAAUUUGUUUUUCUACCACUCUGGGUUGGCUGGAGUAGCUGGCUCUCAUUCAGAGGAAACCUGGCAGAUCUAUUUUGCUUUCGUUGAACCUCUCUACUGCAUGUCAUAAAGAUUUCCUGGGUCCAGAAGCUGCACAGAAAACGACUGAGCAGCACAAAAAUGUGACUCUUACAAGAGACUCCAAGCUUUUGACAAGGAGUUUUCUACUGAUUAGUUUGUAAUUUAACCGUGUAACUGAAGCAUGAAUAAUAGUUAACCAGAUAGUGGACAGAAAGCCUUCUCAUUAAUUAAGACUGCCAAAAAAAUAGUCACCUGAAGGUUCAAAAUGAGUGCUCCAUUAAUUCCAAACAAGUCAUGUUACACUCAACUUCAAGACAACCACAGUGAAAUAAAAAAUGAUAAUGAAAACAUAGUAAACAUGGGGGAUACCAAUGCCAACCAAAUUGUGACAAAAGUUAGGACCAGUGAAGGUGAUGCCAAAAAAUGUAGUUUGACAGAUGAGAGUGGGAAUAUACAUCCUGGUGGAUCAGAAAAAGUUUCUCAUCUGAGUACAGAGCAGAAUAAACUUCUGGCCUUUAAAGAGUCUCAGAACUGUGACACCAGUGUACAGGAAAGUAAGUUGUCCCCUACCUCAAAUAGGGAAAUGGGGAAGGAUGGUAGGACCAAUGAACCUAGGGAUAUAUCGAGGCAUAUCAGGAUCAGCCGAGGACAAAGUCUGUCCAAUCUGAAGAGCAGCACAAAUGAUGCCAACCUGGGGGUUAUUUCAAAAGGUGAUACUGACUUUACCCAGAGUUUUUCUAAGGGUAAAAUGGCCAGGACUGUGGAGAUGGAGAGAAUAAAAAGGCUUUCUUUGGGAAGACCAAGUAAGUUUUCUGCUCAGACUGAACCAUUUGCAAAAGAAUGCGUUGGCCCUGUGUCGUGUAAACGUUUGCUUUCUGCCUCAUUGGAUUCCAUCGACAGGUCACAUCAUUUGAUUGGAAAUACAGAGAAAUCACAAAAAACAUCCACAGAUCAUUUUCUCGGGAUGGUGUUUCAUCCACUUGACAAUACCUCAGAGGAAAGUAUUGUGUUUUAUUCUAAACCAUCUACCUCAGGGAACAAGAAAAUAUCUAAACCAGAAAUCCAAAUGGAUGUGCAAAAUGUACCAAAUGUUAAAACUGAAAGCACACUGCAAACUUCUCAUGCUGAUCUACAUUCAGCUAUUAAGCCCAAUCAGAUUGCUAGUAAAUCAGAAGCACAAUUAGGUCAGGGUGAUAAAAGUAAAAAACUGGAGCUUAAGACUGUACCAUCUCUACAAUCUAAAAAUAUAUGUCAGCAAAAGAUUGAGAGAAUUAUGCUGGUAGAAUUUCUGGGAUGUCAAAAAGAUGAGAGUACAAUAAUGCAAGAAAAGAAAAGUUCUGGAUCUGAUGCAUCAAAAUUUCAAGCUUCUUGUUUUCCAGACACCUGUAAGAAAGUAGAGGAUCCAUUGUCAAGCCAGGUGGUCACCCACCGCGAUGACAAAUUUCUAAGUGAUAACAACACCAUGCUUGGAGCAGGAGGAGGAAGCAGCGAGAGUGACAGCAGGGCAACUACUAGUGAGGAAUAUUUCAUUGAUAAAGAAGUGGAAUCAGUAUUCCCACUCACUUGUGACAGCAAAUCCAGUGGCAAAGAUAUACUUAGAAAAAGUGAAAAUAUACACGAAGUUGACACAGGUUGCACUGAAACAGCUGGUGAGCAAGUAUCUCUUAUACAUAACAUUGAUCUACCUGACAGCAAACUCUUGAAAAUUAAAGAGAAUAAACAGAUGCCAGUCAAAGGAAGCAGUGAAAAUGCUGCUGUGCCAACUUGUGAUCUCUCAGAUCAGCCCAGAGUGCCAAGUACAGAAACAGUGUCAAAUGAACAGCGUAGCAAUGAGGACAGUGAUGUGGAAAUCUCAAGCUUUUCAGUUCAGAGUAAGAAGACAGGUAUUGCAAAGAAACACGUUUCAUAUGAAGCACCAGAGAGCUAUAAGACUGCAGCGAAGGCUGAUGCCUUUUUAUGUGUUCCAACUCCCUUGCGCCCAGUGGCAACUCUGAAUGUUAAUAAUCAGCCCGCGCUAUCAAACAGUAAUCUGAAGGACCUUUAUGCACUUCAUGUUGACAAACUGUCACCCUCCGCAGUCCUACCUCCCAUCGACAGCACGCAGUUGUUAAGCAUAUCCCCUAAAGUGCCUAUCAAGACUGUUUGCAGCACUGCAGUCCCCAAACCUAUACUGGUCCACUCCAAGGGCUCCCUCGCAGAUAAGGCGGAUGUGGACAGCGACUACAGUGAAAAGCUUGAAGAAAGUAUGGAGAUGAAGCCUGCCAUACCCAAGCCCAAGCAUGUGAGACCUAAAAUCAUUACUUACAUUAGAAGAAAUCCUCGUUCAAUAGACCAGCUUGACCCUUCGUUUGCCUCUGCGGGGCUGUCGUACAGCACCCCGGCAUGUGGCAUGCCCAUCUCUAAGGAGGAGAAGGCAUCUAAUGGAGGUGAUGUGAAGCCCCCCAGCAUCCUGUAUGACAAAUUUAAACCUGACCUUCAGAAGCCAAGGAUCUUCAGUUCUGGACUUGUAGUGUCAGGAAUUAGGCCCCCUGGCCAUCACUUCGGUCCGAUGAGUGAAAAAUUUCUGCAGGAGGUUGGGGAAAGGCCUGUGAAAGAUGAAUUUUGUCCUCCACCAUAUACUCACUAUGAGGUCCCACCGAGUUUUUAUCGGUCUGCCAUGAUACUUAAGCCACAGUUAGGACUGGGUGCAGUUUCAAGAUUACCGUCUGCAAAGAGCAGGAUACUUAUUGCAAGUCAAAGAUCCUCAGGUAACUGUCUUCAUCAGCCAGGAGAAAUGACAAGUGCUCCUAGCCUCUAUCAUCCUGAUGCUUCAGUUGAUCUUAAGAAAGGCCCAUGCCCAAAUGCUGCAAAGUCAAAUCUCCCCAAGCCGUGUCAGUCCGGACUGCGUCCUCCUGGUUAUUCACGCUUGCCAGCAGCUAAGCUGGCAGCCUUUGGUUUUGUCAGGAGCUCAAGCGUAUCUUCUGUCUCAAGCAACCAGUCAAAUGACAGUGCUCAGAGUGAUCAGAGCAAGACAACCAACCGUUCCAGUUUUGGAAACGAAGAACAGACUGCUCCUAAGGCAGCUGCUCCUUCUAAAGACGUUCCCAAGGGGAGCAGCAAGACUGCAACACAGGUAUCCAGCAGCACAGCAACUCCACGCAGGAGCUUACUGCCAGCACCAAAAGCUACAACAGCACCUGCUGGUUUGAAGAAAGAAGUACAAAAAGAUCAGGAUGCCAACAAACCAGCUCUGUCAUCCCCAAAGAGAUUAGCAGUAUCAGCCUCCAAGCUCCAUUCACCAGGGCAUUCCAAACAAAGGUCAACCACACCAAAGAAUGGAUUCUCCCCAAAACCAGGAGGAGAGAGUCGAGAGGCUGAAAAGCAGUUCGCGCAGAGGCUGAAGGAGAAGUGUGAUGAGCAGUCCAAGCAGUUGAGCAGUAUUCGGGAUGAGCUUAAAAGGACCAGCUGUGGCUUUGUUGUCUUUGCUAUAACAACACAGCACUUCUUCAGGCAGAAUGAAAGUGCCCUUGUGAAAGAAAAGGAGUUGUCAGUGGAGCUUGCAAACAUCAGGGAUGAAGUGGCCCUCAACACAGCGAGAUGUGAAAAACUACAAAAUGAGAAGGAGGAGCUGGAGAGGCGAUUUGAGGAGGAGGUGACGAAGCUCCGCUGGCAGCAGCAGGAGGAGCUGCAGGCACUGGAGCUGCGGCUGCAGGCGCAGUACAGCGCCGAGAUGGAGCGCUUGCAGGAGGAGCACAGGCUGCAGCUUGCACAAGCCAAGAGUCAGCAUCAGGAGCAGGUGGAAGAUAUCACUGCUAUACAUGAAGCUGCAAUGUUAGAAGUAGAAAAUAACCACACAGUCGCCAUUGCAAUACUGCAGGAUGAGCAUGACAGCAAGAUUCAAGAACUGAUGUCUGCACAUGACCUGGAAAAGAAAGAAUUAGGAGAGAGUUUUGAAAAACUGCGGCUGUCACUGCAGGACCAGGUAGACACCCUCACUUUCCAGAACCAAUCGCUUAAGGACAAAGCAAAGCGAUUUGAAGAGGCUUUGAAGAAAAACACCGAGGAACAACUGGAGGUUGCACUAGCCCCAUAUCAGCACUUAGAAGAAGAUAUGAAUAGCUUAAAACAGGUUCUGGAAAUGAAGAACCAUCUGAUUCACCAACAGGAGAAGAAGAUUAUGGAGCUAGAAAAACUGGCUGAAAAAAAUUUAAUCCUGGAAGAAAAAAUCCAGGUGUUGCAACAGCAGAAUGAAGACCUCAGAGUCAGAAUUGAUCAAAAUACCGUCGUAACAAGGCAGUUGUCAGAGGAGAAUGCUAAUCUUCAAGAAUACGUCGAGAAAGAAACGGAGGAGAAGAAGAGGCUGAGCAGAACUAAUGAAGAGCUCCUUUGGAAGCUGCAGACUGGAGAGGCCAUAAGUCCUGUUAAACUCUCUCCCACAUCUCCUACUCCUGUUUAUCGCUGCUCAUCAGGGCCUCCCACUCCAGCAAAAGUCAGCACCGUGCCAAGAUGACAGUGCCACCUGUGUGCUCAAGAUAACAUGGCUUUUACGCGUGUUUCCAAUCUGCUGAGUGUUAUCAUCCAAGGAAGUAUUACCAACAAUACGCACCCAGGAUUCGUUACUGCAAGCAUGCUCUGUAGCUGCAUAGCUUUACACUAGGCAGUGUACCCUUACAAUCUCAGUAUAGGAGCUCCUGGUUCUGGCAUGCUGAUGUGUUAGGAUAGCAUAACCAGUCUAGUAUGAUGUGUAAACAUUUUAACUGUGGUUAGAGCCAAAAGAAGGAAAAUACUACUAUUAAUGGUUCGUCAGAAUGAACUUUCGCUGCAGUAUUUCAGGUUAGUUACAAACAGUUCAAGUUGUGGAUUUUUCUAUAUGUGUGUUUGUGUUUAUAUACAUGUAUGUAUUGUACCUUUAUACCUAUAUAUAGACGCACACACAUAUAUAUGUAGUUGAAGAUGUUCUGAAUUGCAUUUUUUAUAUUAUUGGAUACUAUUAAGUGCUGAUAUAUUUUCAUUACGGUCAGCAUUUUUCUAACUCGUGCCUAAGACUUGUAUCUAAACAAAAUGCAUUUCUGUUUAGCCUCCCAGGAAUAUUUCUACCCAAACUAGAAGAAAGUUACACAGAAGUAGAAGCGCCUUCCAAACGACCACCAAGUGGUACUCUAUAUAACAUGAACACCAGCGACUCUGAAAUUCUGAAACAGUACUGCCUUCAAAACCAUCACCUUUGUAUUGAACACCAGAUAGGAUACAUAUACCAUUCUCUGCUUUUUAAUUCUUAGCAUCAAUAUUGUGAGUGGAUAUAGGCUAGAGAAGAGGAACCUGAGGGUUUUAGUGAAUUUGGUAGAGGUUACUGAUUAACAUGUUUUGAUCUUAGUAUCUUUAAGUCUUACUUAGAUCUAAUCUUGUUUUAACUUGCUGUGUUUUGGAUACAAUCAAAAUCUCUGGCUGUAGGUUCCUGUCCAUGUUGAUUUAUUUCAAGUCCAGUAAGCAAGAAGGAGAGAACAAAUUGCUUGUACUUUGACUUUUGCUGUCCAAGAGGUUCCCGGUACUGGGACCAGAAAUGGGAGUGCCUGCUAGGACUCUGGCUUCCUCCCAGCUGAAACAUAAAUGAAACACAGACGACUCCAUGGGAGCAAAUGAGGUCAGAUUUGUUUCCUUCCGUAUUUAUAUAUCAUUUUUCAUUGCUAAAUUUUACCCAAAGUUACAGAGCACUUUUAAGAUUCGUCGAAAAGAUUUGUCAAACUACCUUUAACUUCUCUGCCUUGUAGCAAAAAAAUGUGCACCCAUUUCCUUUGACUUUCCCCCCCCCUCUCCCGAGGGCACAACUAUGCCACAUGUGUGGGCUGCAGAAGGGGCCACAGCAACCAGUGCCGCACACAUCUGUCUCCGAAGGGCUGUUCCUGUGCAAAACGCGACUUUCCUGGGGUAUAGCACCAAGAACGGGAAACAGCUGAGCCAAACAGAGCUGAGCCAAACAGCUGAGCCAAAGUGAUGCCCAACAGAGGCUCUGAUGGAAAGAGCUAAAGAGCACUCACUGGCGCUGUUAGCAAGUGUGGGGCUGGCAAUGGGCUAGUUAGGAUUAUUAGCCUGGAGUGGAAGUGUGUGCUGUAGCACAGCUCUUGCAGUUGACUCACCCACUCAUAAGAGAGAAAAAUCCCGUAGCAUAAUUCAGAAAAGGGAGCUCUAUGGGGUGCUUUUAUAUUCAGCUUGUGGCCAAGAACCUGAAUAUGUUCCUGCUUUGAGCAGUAGGAUCUAAGUAAGCAAGAGACAGCAUAUGCAGAAAAAUUGUGGGAUGAGAGAGUACUGCAAAGGAGAGUGACUCUCAAACAAGGUGUGUGUAUUGUGGAUCAGAUGCAUAGACCAGGCACACCCAGGACUCCUGUGAGCAGAGGUAGGGUUGCACAGUGGUGCUGUAGUGCACGAGAACUGUGGUUGGGCUUUCCUGGGAAGUACUCAGGAUUCACAGACUGCAGCUUGGAUAUAGCUUCAAUCACUGUCAAAGUAUCUGUGGCCCCUUCCAGGAAAUAAAAAAGAUGGGGGGGUUUCUCCUUUUUUUUAGAAAAAAUUAUUUUUGUAGCAGCUUUUGCAUGAUACUGUGAUACUGAAUAAAUUGAGCAUCUUGUUAGAAUAGAUCAUGCCACACCAACUACCACUGUUGAAAUGCAUUACUAGGUUUGAAUGUGUUCAGCAAGUACAACCUGAAAGUAGAAUAGCUAUUUAACACACACACACAUGCAACAAAGCCCCUUCUUGCCAAGUAUAAUUUUAAUCUCUUUCAUACUUCACUUGCUAAAUGCACAGAUAUUCUGCAAUACCUACUGCGUUGCCAUGUUUCAGUCUGGUGCAAUAUGUGUUCUGAUACAGUAAGAGUUGUUACCAUGAAGCUAAUCUGAACUUUUCCGUGUUAUACACACUAAAACAUAUUAUCAGCCUGAGGGUGGGCUGGCUGAGCCUAUCUAUCUCUUUCAUUUCUUCAUUGUUUUCCUCUUUUUAUGGUGCUUUCCCUAUCCCUAUGUUGGCUGAAAUUCGUAUACAACAGAUGCUUCCAGCAAUGAAUUGGGAAUGGGUCUUCUGUGGUGAGCACACUGGGCUGAUUCCAGUUCUGCCAUCACUGAUCUCGUUGCCAAUGUCUCUCUUGUCUAAUUUUGACCUCCCAAUGCUGCUUGUUAUUGAUUUCUUCCAUGGGGUAGCAUCUCCAAUCCUGCAGGUUACUAACAAAGUUGUAGAAAGUUUUUUCUGACCAGAAGGGAGCUACCAAGCCUUCCCUGCAAAGGUGUGAAGGGUAUUUCCUUCCAGUGCAACCCCAGAAACACAAACUUCUUUCCCCCAAAAUGUCAUUACUUUUUCCUGCUAUUCCUCUGUCCUGUCUCUCCUUACCUCUGCAUGCAGGAGUGGGUUUGAAAAAAAAAAUAAAAGAAAGAAAGAAAGAAAGGAAAAAAAAAGCUCUGGUUUUAAACAACAGUUCAGGAUAGGAGAAGGCCCUCAGGUAGUUGUCCAGCACAUGUGGGGUGCCUAGCAAGGGAACCAGCCGUUCCCUGGUGCAAAGACCUUCUGAGUGCCCUGGCAUGAGAGAGAUUUAAGAUAUAGUGAGGGUUGCUUUGCCAAUCUGGAGCAGUGCUGCUGAAUGUCCCUGAUUGGGGUCCUACUGUCGGGCAGCUUCACACAGGGGAGAUGCGACUGUGCUGGUCAAGUGUGACAUCCAUGACAGCAUUGAGAGUCAGAUCUCCAGUCCUGGUUCCCCUGCCAUCCCUGCUGAUAGCACAGCACCUGGGGGUGCUGGGGGCACCCCAGGUCAAGAGUGAGUGAGGACAAGCUUUUUCUUCUGGGGCCGGAGGCUUCCCAAAGUGCAGGGCCUAUCUGUGUGCCUUCCUGGUUUGCACCGCAACACGGCCUUUGGCACGAGAGGGAAUGCAGCUAGUUCCAAGCAGGAAAGGUUUUAUUGCUCUUCCAUCUUUAAAAUGAAACCAUUUGAUUUGGUUAAUGUUUCACUCUGUUCAAAGUAAAAGGCUGCUGUGACAAUAAACCCAAGCUAUGAUUUUUCUGAAGGGGCUGCCAGCAACUGGCAUGAAUUCGCGGUGCCCAGCCCAUAACCCCUGCGCUGCCGGCACAGGCUGCACGAGCCGUGUUGCCACGAGAGGCUCAACUGGCCCUUUCCCAUCCUCCUACUGCAACAGGGAAUGGACCUGGCUCCUGAAACCUGCCCUAAGGCAGCAAUACCAGCUGCAGGGACACGUGAGCUCCAGGCACGGGCACUCUGCCUGCCCCAUCCCCGUACUGGAUGUUCUGCUUCAGCAACCACUGGUACACGGGGGGCUGCAGACAGGUUACAACCCUUCAAGUGGGCACCGAUGCACAUGAACCCCCAGGCUGGCCGUACCCAUCAAUCCGGCCACUUAAGAGGGUAAUAAUACCGGGAAAUGUUUUUUCCAGUUAUCUCCCUUAAAUCACCCACUGCAGCAGGUAGGCAGAGCCCAGGGACUAAGGCCUCCUUUAAGGGCAGGAAAGGGCUCUUUCAUCUUCAUGGCUGAAUGGGCAGCCCUCAUCUACCAGCAGCAAAUCUUGUGGCUUUGUGAAGCCCAAGGAAAAGCUGGUGAAGAAAGAGGCUAGCUUACGAUGAGCUCCCCCUCUUGCCUCAGUCCUUACAGUGCCCAGCAGGACUGGGAUAGUGCCCCCUAGGGCCCACCAGAUCUCCCAAAGUGGAGAGAAGAGCAAUUCCCCACUAUCCCUCCUGCCCAAGCAAAGGGCUGUAAGGAGCUACUGCUCUACUUGCUAUGGAGGUGACGCUGUGAAGGCCCUUUAAAAACAAGCCUGGGCUGACCAUUUCAUAAAUGAUGAGGUGGGCAGAGCCCAGGCAUCACCAAAAUAGGUGAGGGCACCAUGCAGCCUCCAAUGGAUUAACUGGAGGGGAGCUGUGAGCACUUAGGAUGGAUUUGGCCAGGCAGCACCUCUAUCAUAAGAUCCCAACCAUGGCUGGCCUUCUCUAGCAAUGACCCAUGCUGGGAAGAUGAAGUUAGUAUCCACCACGUUUACCAACAACAGCACUGCCUGUACAUCUUGGAUGAGCUACUGAAAGCUCAGUGGGGAAACAUGCAGGCUGGGAGACCACUGUGAGCAAACCUGCUGCAGCAAACCCUACCCAGCAAACGAAAGAAGUGUGAAGCCUCCCUAGUAGCUCCGGCACAAUCUCUACCAGUGUUGGCCUCACCCUUUGCUUCUCUAGUCUAGGUCCUACAUGCAAGUUGUUAUGAAUGCCAACUUCCCCCACCACCUACCAAACCCACCUAGCUCACAAAAGUCUUCCUCGAAAAGAAGGAGCCUGUGAAGUGCCUAGUGAUGAUCACAGUGGGCUUGCUUGCAUCCUCAUUCAAUGUGAGCUUGGGGGAUGAGGUCUUCCCUUCUUCCUUCGAGCAGAGAUCUUUGAGUUAAUAAACAUUUGCAUAAGUGAAGUUGGUAAUUCAGGCCUUGUAUAUCCUGCUAAAAUGACUGUUGGUUGUGUGUGAUUAGCUUGGCAGAUGCACAAAGGCAACCUUGUGGUGGUUGGAGGAGAAAAGGAAAAACUAACAAAUGCAAAAUCAGGUAUAUUUUAUGUCUCUGCACUGAUUGUGUUUGUGUCCUGUGGACACGCUGAGGAUCCUUCUGUACAGUUUCCCAUGCAGUAGGAGUGCUGUGGUCCAGUUUACUAUGUGGCUAAUGAUUACAGGAAGAGUUUGUAUUAUUUCAGUUACGAUGUACAGAUAAGUGUAAUAUAUUCCUGAUAAUAAAUACAUGCGCACACAUAUGGGUGGACGCAUACAAA